CGGGGAUCGAGGAUCGAACCAAAAUGGAAGCCGACCGGGAUCAUGUUGAUCAUUGGACCGGACGGGACGUCCGUCAUCAGCACGAUUCUACACCCGAGCAUGAUGAGAUUAUCAACACCAGGAGGACACCGGGUGCUGCCGAGACGGAGGAUCGUCCUCUCAUGGGUGUGUUACCCGACAGCAGCAGCUUCGAGGUCACGACAGAGUCUUCUGAUACUCCGGACUCCUUGACCGGAGAAUCGCCAAGACAAGGAGAAGGUUUUCGUUUCGCGAACCAUGGAGUUCAGAUCCAGAAUGCGUCGUUGAGACGUUCUCCUGGUCCAUACACUGACAUAGACGGUAAUUGGGAUAUGCAGAGGAAUGGAGAACAGGGGGAAAACGACGUCGCACUAGAUGCGAAUACGAAACGAGCACAGACGAGAAAAGGAAAUGUUUUGGCUCCGCAUCUCCUGAUCCCUCCUCCACACCCCCAAAGGCGCAUAGAGGUGGACGCGCAAUUAUUUCCACGCCAAAAUGGUUAUGGUUUGCACCAAAGUCGAGAACAAGGACACACUGCUUACGAAGCCCAGUGCAACGGGAACACCCAGCAGAAAAGUUUAAACGAGGCUUUCGGUAACGUGGAGGUGCAUGGACGACCUAAUGACAGAGUGGCCACUCCCAACAUUGCUUUGAAAUUUGAACAUGGGAGCCCCUUU